AUGUUUCAAAAUGGGAAUAUUGGAAUUGCUAGUAUGAACUUACCAAGUGAGUAUAUAAAUGAGAAUUUUUUCUUGAUUCGAAGCAUCGAUCAGUUGAAUGCAUCGAAUUAUGAGUUAAAGUUCAAUGAAUCAGGGCAUAUUUUCCUGUUAGUGAAUAACAGCCAAGAGUUUGUUCUUUCACAAGGUGAAAUUGGAUCAUCAGCACGGUUUUAUCAUCGUGCUACGCUCAAUUUUGAUGGCGUAUUUGCUCUGUAUCAACGUCUAAAAGACUCGAAAAAUGAUGUAUGGUCUACUGUUUGGUCAGUUCCUGAUAAUAUAUGUUAUAGUUUGCCUUCAGAGAAAGGUAGUGGUGUUUGUGGAUAUAACAGAAUUUGUAGACUAAGUAUAGAUAAAAGACCAGAUUGUCAAUGUCCGCGGGCGUUUUCACUAGUUGAUCCAGAGGAUGACUACAAAGGAUGCAUACCGGACUACGUGCAGGAUUGUGGUGACAAUCAAGAAGAUGCGGGAAGUCAGGUUGAGAUGGAAACUAUAACAAACAUCGAUUGGCCUACGAGUGAUUAUGAGCUUCUUCAGUCUUUAGAUGAAGAGGAAUGUAAGAAUGCUUGUUUGAAUGAUUGUAUGUGUGCUGUUUCGAUUAUUCGUGAAAAUAGUUGUUGGAAGAAAAAACUACCACUUUCAAAUGGCAGAGUAGAUAACAGAGUGAAUUCAAAAGCAUUUAUCAAACGAAGGAAAGGUAAUUUUCGAGAAAAUACUAACUCUUCAAAGCCUAAAAACAAGAAUCAAGAAACUAUCAUACUUGUUGUGUCUGUGUUCUUAGGAAGUUCUGUUUUUGAUAACUGUUUACUUCUUGGAGUACUUUCACUCGGGUUUUUACUAGUUUAUCGUAACAAAAGACUAACGUUUGAUCGAAAUGGAAGUUCUAUGGAUCAAACAUUAAGGUACUUUUCUUACAAAGAUCUAUCAAAAGCCACGGAAGGGUUCAAGGAAGAACGUGGACGAGGGGCAUUUGGGAUUGUCUACAAAGGUGUAGUUGAUAUUGGUAAUCCUAUUGCGGUGGCUGUCAAGAAAUUGGAUCGGAUAGUACAAGACAGGGAUAAGGAAUUCAAGACUGAAGUUAAUGUGAUAGGACAAACUCAUCACAAGAAUUUAGUCCGUUUAAUCGGAUUUUGUGAUGAAGGUCCUCAUAGAUUGCUUGUAUAUGAGUUCUUGAACAAUGGUUCAUUAGCAAGUUUCCUUUUUGAUGAUGUAAAAUUGACAUGGAACCAAAGGACUCAAGUGGCACUUGGGAUAGCAAGAGGGCUAUUGUAUUUGCACGACGAGUGUAUCACACAAAUCAUUCAUUGUGACAUCAAACCUCAGAACAUACUUCUUGAUGAUCAAUUUGAGCCAAGGAUAUCAGAUUUUGGACUAGCAAAGUUGUUGAGAAUGGAUCAAUCCGAGACUCAAACAGCGAUAAGAGGGACAAAAGGAUACGUUGCUCCUGAAUGGUUUCGAAACAUGCCAAUCACAUUGAAAGUAGAUGUGUAUAGCUUUGGUGUUUUACUCCUUGAAAUCAUUUGUUGUAGGAGAAAUGUGGACUAUGAAGUUGGUGAAGACAAGGCAAUUUUGACUUACUGGGUUUAUGAUUGUUACCAAGAAGGCACAAUAUAUGAACUUAUUGAAAAUGAUUUAGAUGCAAUGAGUGAUAGAAAAAAAUUAGAAAAAUUUAUAAUGGUUGCUAUUUGGUGUAUUCAAGAAGAUCCUUCAUUGAGACCUACAAUGAAAAAAGUUGUCUUAAUGCUUGAAGAAAUUGUUGAAGUUCCUAAUCCUCCAUGCCCAAAUCCUUAUAGGAGUGAACAUUUUCUUGUAGACGCGAUAUAA